AUGUUCUGCGAGCACGGUCUCGAAGUCUGCAAGUCUUGCGAGUUUGAUGCUCGCGAAGACAACGACUUUAUGAUGGGGCUUGAUGCCGCUCCCCGUGGUCCUCUCGAACUUCCUGCCCACUACAAGAACCAAAAGGACGGGUCUUACACCUGCAAGGCUCACGGUAACCCCAACUGCAAGUCUUGCUUCAGCUGGAAGAAGCAGAUCGUCAAGCUCCACAAAGAGGGCAAGAAGGCCGCGUCCAAGAAGAAGACUGACAGUGGCACGAACCUCUACUGA